AUGACCCUGUCGGACGUCGAGGGGACAUGUCCGGGCACGUUUUUAGUGGGUGCGGUCUGUUCUGCGAGCCUUUCGUCGGUGGUCCAGUGGCUGGAAAUCGACACCGCCCUUCACCCGCGUGUUGACGAAACACCCAGCUGUCCACGCAGCUUGCCGUUGGUGCUGACACGUAUCCCACUGAGGGGUUUAUCUUGGUUAAAGUAUGGUCGUGCCAUCGAUAUCGACAGCCUCGACGGCAGCAAUCAGAUUGCACUUGGCCUUUCUGAACGGCCACGACAGCGAAUCGGAAGCGACUUUACGGUAUAA